AUGUAUCUAUCUAUGCUAGAGAAAAGAGCUGAUAUAAUUAUGCUACAGGAACAUUGGUUACAUAAUAGGGAAAAACAAGCUUUACAGGAAUUUUUAACUGACUUUUUAUGUCUUGUAAAAUGCUUUGAUGAUGAUAAGACUAGUGACCCAACUGAAAGGAGGAGGGGGCAUGCUGGGGUUGCAAUUUGUGUUAACAAAACAUUACAAAAUCUUGUUGAACUUUUACCGGAUGGAUGUAAUAGAGUAAUAGCUAUCCGUCUCAACAUAAAACAGCCACUUGUGCUAAUAUGUGUCUAUAUGCCAACUAGAGGUGGAAAUAUCACUAUUGAAGAUUUUAAAUCUGUACUAGAUGAGCUAAGUGAAAUUAUAGAAAAAUAUCUACCUACUUCUGAUAUAAUUAUAGGAGGUGACAUGAAUGCCUCACUGCAUAGAAAUGAGCGUAAAAUACCUCGUGACAUUGUCUUUGAUGAAUUCUUAAAAUCAAAUGGACUGUCAAUACCUUCCACUUGCAAAAAGCAGAGUACGUUUUUUCACUUCAAUAAUAGAGAUGAAUCUCAAAUUGACUAUUUUGUUGAAACUAGUGCACUGGUCAAGAAAUAUUUGUCAUUUAAUCGUGAAUUUCAAAAUCUAUCCACUCAUGAUCCAAUUAUGAUUUCAAUUAACUGUUGUAUUGAUAGGAUGGAUAUAAGCACUAGCGAUCCUAGACCCUUACGUAUAAAAUGGGAUAAAAUUGAUAAACAAAAAUAUGAAAAUUUACUACAAGAGAGAUUAACUGAAUUUAAUGAUGUGGCUGUGGUUGAAACUUCUGAAAAUAUAGAGAACAUUUUAACAAAAUUUUCUGAUAUUAUUGUGACUACUGCUGAAAGUCUAUGCCCAAAAAGGAAAAAACUAUUUAAGAGAAAAAGGGAUUGGACCCCAGAAAUGACUGAAAUUGUUAAGGAGGGUAAAUUUCACUAUUGGAAAUGGAAAAAUGAAGGUAAUAAAGAUAAUAAAUUUAGCAUUAACUAUAUUCGAAUGAAAGUGCAAAAGAAAAAACUUCGUUCUGCCCAAAGACGAUUGGCUGCUGAGAAAAGAGAAAAUACGUAUACCAAAAUUAUGGAAUUAAAUGAGAAUAAUGAUAAACAAUUUUUUGCAUUAGUAAAUAAGCAGAGAAACUCGAGGCCAUCUACUACUUCAAUCUUGAAGGUUAAUAAUAGACUGUAUAAUAAUUCAGCCUCUAUUCUGGGAGCUUGGGCCGAAUACUUUGAAGAUUUGGCCUCACCAUCUGUGCAAGACAGAUUCGAUAGUAAAUUUUUUAAUUUGGUUAAUAAUGACAUUAAAAUAUUAACUGAUAUUUUCUUAAGUACAAGAGAACCGAUUCAGGAAGUGACUGAGUACGAAUUGAAUAAAUGUAUUUUAUCUUUUAAAAAUGGAAAAGCUCCAGAUGUUGAUAAAUUCACCAUAGAACACUUGAAAUAUGGAGGACAGACAGUUAUAAAUAUACUAACUAAAUUGAUAAACUUAAUUUUUAAAACUGUUGCUGUCCCAAAUAAUUUAAAAAUUGGGAUAGGAUGCCCUCUGUUUAAAAAUGGAGGAAAACCAAAAGAAGAUCCAAAUUCAUAUAGACGUAUAACUAUAACUAGUGCUAUUGGAAAAACUAUAGAAAAGCUACAUUUAUCCCGUAACAAAAGCUCCAUUAAAAAUCAGCAAAGUAGAUUACAAAAAGGGUUCACUGAAGGGGAAUCCCCUACUGUAGCGGGACUGGUUGUAACUGAACUAAGAAUAGAAGCUAAAGAAAAACGUUUACCCAUAUAUAUUGGAUUAACUGAUGCUAAAAAAGCGUUUGAUAUAGUAUGGCAUGCUGGCCUUUUUAGAGAAAUGCAUAAAAUGAACAUAUCUGGAGAUAAUUGGUUAUUAUUUAGGGCUUGGUAUGAAGACUUAACUACAAAAGUAAAAUGGGAAGGAAAUUAUUCACGUGGGUUUAAAGAAAAACAAGGUGUCCGUCAAGGAGGGGUUUGGUCUCCAACUGCGUAUAAAGUUUUUAUCAACUCUUUACUGAAAAUCUAUGAGGAAAACAAAAUUGGAUCGUACAUAGGUUCAAUAUACUGUGGUGCUCCAACUGUAGCAGACGAUGUUACAUUGAUAGCUAAUGAUCCAUAUGAUCUACAAACUAUGAUUAAUAUUCAAAUGGACCAUGCAAAUAAAUUUAGAUAUACGAUUAGUGAACAGAAAUCUUGUGUAUUGAAAAUAGGAGACAAGUCAGAACAUUCCUGGUAUAUGAACGACCAAAAGUUAAAUACACCAAUUAAUGCUACCCACUUAGGAAUAAAAAGGGACAUAAAUUCUAAAUUUGGAGUUAAAGAAGUUGUACCAGAUAGAAUACAAACUGCUCGUAAAACAGUGUAUGCAUUGAUGGGCGCUGGUCUCUAUGGCCUGAAUGGGAUAAAUCCGAAGGUCUCAGUUCAUAUGAUAAAGUGCUUUGUCAUUCCGAGGCUACUGUUCGGCCUGGAUAUUAUUCGAUUAACAAAAACUGAUAUAGCAAAACUAUCUGUUUACUAUAUACAAUUGCUGAAACAAAUCCAGCAUCUGCCGUCACGCACUGCGAAUUCUGCUGUUUUAGUCUUGACUGGUCAGCUUCCUAUAGAAUCUGAAAUUCACAAAAAAAUGCUUUCCCUAUUUCGUAACAUUGCAGAUAAUCACGGGUCAGUUGAACGCAGUAUCGCUCAAAGACAGCUUGCUUUAAAAACAAGAGACUCUGAAAGCUGGUUUAUUCAAAUUAUAAAAUUAACAGAAAUGUAUGAAUUACCAUCCCCUAUAGAGGUAAUGGACUUAGUCCCAGAAAAGCAUAUUUGGAAAAAAUUGGUUUAUAACGCAGUGAAUGACUAUUGGAAAAACAUUUUAAUUCUUGAAGCUAGGACAAAAGUAUCUAUGAAAAUGUUAAAUGUUGAUAACUUUAAAGUUGGUGUAGUUCAUAAUAUCUGGGAGAGUUGUGGUUCAGAACUUUUAUCCGUUAAAAGAGCAUGUGUCAAAGCCAAAAUAAUAAGUGGGACUUACACUCUUCAAGCUGAUCGAGCAAAAUUUAAUGGAAAUAGAUCAAGUUCUUUAUGCCCUCUGUGUUUUAAACAAUCUGAAGACUUAAUGCACUUUCUUAUAAAAUGUAACUCUUUGGAAGGAGUGAGAAGGAAAUUCAUUAUGCUACUAAGAAAUCUACUAAAUGAUAAGAUAAAUGCUCUUCUUGUGGAUGACUUAUUUAACUUUGAAGAUAAUCUAUUACAAUUAAUAGUGGACUGUACAAAAUUCCAGUUUUUAAAACAAUUAUGGACAACAAUUGAGCGUCUGUCAAGCAGCUUAUGUUUUGGUCUACAUCAGAAGAGAACUAGUUUGUUACUAUAA